CUGCAGCCAGAGCGAUGAUGCCGACAUCUGUGCCGAUUGAUAUCAUCACAGCGCGUCUUUGUGUAUAUGUCACACAGACCCAACACCGCCCUGUUGUACCGGAGAGAAGAAAGGGGGGAGAUCUGCACGCCACAAGCUCACAGACCGAUCGGCGGUGGCCUUUGGAGCAUUUGGAGCCUUUGCAGCUCACUGGAGGGUGAGAUGGCAGCCAGAGAGGCAGAAGAAUCCAAAAGAAGCUUCAAAUAGCGGCUGCUGCUUCGUUUUUGGUGGCCGGCCUGCAGACCUCACCCGUCCCGCCUCAGUGCCGGGAGGUGACGACGUCCGCACAGCGAACUCAUUUCAUCGCUUUGUCUGCGCUUCUGUGACGGCCUCGUCGUCGCACGGCUCUCGUGACUGACUGACAUCGGUGAGGCUGUGCGGUGAUCAUGGCGCUGCGUGCGUGCGCCCCAGAUGUGUGUGCUGCUGUGUGUCUGCAGAGUCACCGCGGUUCGUGACGAUUGCUGCCAUCUCGCCCAGCUUUGACGGUGAGCAUCCUGCCGUCCAAUUCACUCGGUCUGAUUCCCAUGUGUGUGUCCCUCUUCAUCCAGACCACUCCCUGGUGGCGAUGUCGUCCCGGCCUGCCAACGGCCGGCCCCCCACCGCCCCUCGGGCAGUCCCCCCGCUGCGCAGCGCGGCCAUCAGCAAGGCCGCCGACAUGGCCAUGUCCGUUGACCCCAACAGACGCGCCGCACUCCACUCACAAAUCAAUGGCAGCAAUGCCGGCGAAGUGGCCGGGAUCCUAUUGCUCGUCGAGCAGCACAUUGGCAAGGCCAUCAGUCGUCUCGGCCUGGCGGACGUGUUGGCCUUCGACAGUGGCGGUGAUGUGGAGGCCGGCUUGAAGGUGGUCUAUGUGCUGGAGCGGGGCAGUGGCGAGGAGUGGCGGGCAAUCGGGCGGUUCCUUCGGCUGGCCUUCAUCUACCGGCUCACCCCUGCUAAUACGACGCGGCCCCUCCGUCUGUCGGCCGACUCGCUGCCCACAGCCGCGGCCUUCUACCAGCUGCCACUGACCAUUGCCCUCUACAAGAUCAUCGGACAGCAGCUCAGAAACAGGGUGACCAGCCUGGUGCUGCAGCAAGCCGAGGACGGACACUAUCGAAUCGGCGGCAUGGCGCCGUUUCGUGUAGUGCCGUUGGGCGAGCUGCGCGGCGACCAUCGCUAUACUGAGGGCUACAAGCGGAGCGACCCCGUCAUCCGCUCGGGCCCUGAUUUGUAUUCCUCAUUCUCGGCAUUCCUGCUGGACAGGCUGCUCACCUGGUGGCGCUAUGUAGAGGGAGUGGACGUGAAAUGUGUGGGGUCUGCACGACGCGGCGGUGACGACGGUCGUUAUCGCCGUCUGCAUACGGCCGACGACAUCACAGAGGAUUUGGGCAUCGUUGUGGACCGGCGCUUCGAUGGGGGCGAUCUGAAUGCUGAUGUGGGAGACUACCGCUGUGUGAUUGUGAGCGGCUUCCGGCCAAACGAUACCGUCGCUGCCCAUCUGAUGGGGUCGGGCUCCAUCAACCUGUGGACGACCGACGCACCUACUGCUGAUCGGCCUGCAUCACUCGCUAUGCGCUUCCCCACUUCGGAGCCCCUGUGGCGCCGUCUGCUGCAGCGGUUCAAUCCCGAGACCGACGUCAUCGACAGGGGGAGGGUGGUGGGGUGAGGGGUGUUGCCAUAUCCUGGCCGGGCAGUGUGUGAGUUUUGGAGGGGGGCGGAGUGGCUUUAAAUGGCUGACGUGACUGAGAAUGAGUGGAUGAAGGUCGAGCUCGAGAGUUACGUCAUCGACAGGAAGACGGUAAUUGGGUGAGGGGUGCUGACUGGCGAGUGGGUGUUGUGAUGCUCUAUGAAAUGGGCGUCGUGCCUGGUCGAGUGCCUGCUAUGGGUCAGCGAGUGUUUAUGGCUCGUUUUUGUGCAGACAGACGACCUUCGACUAGUCUCAUCGACUCAAUGCAUCGGAAGCAAACCAGUGUGAGUAGUGGAGAAUGAGUGGAUGAAGGGCCCUCUUGCUUUGUUGUCAGACGCAGUGACUGCGUGGCAUCGCUUUUGUCAAUGACUGAGUGGCUUGACCAAAGUCGCUUCGUUCCACCAGCCAUACCAUGGGGCGACUGGCUGGGCUGGUUGGGGUUGUUGCUGGGUGUGUUGGCGGCCUCUGUGGCUGGCGUGGCGCCUUGCGUGUUGGUGCUGGCCAUCAAUCAGGCCACACACACCAUAUGGACACAACACAAUGGUAUACGGCCCGUG